AUGGCUGCACCCGCUAGCACGGUGCCGACUUUCAAGCUUGUGCUUGUCGGUGAUGGUGGUACUGGCAAGACCACCUUCGUCAAGCGUCACUUGACUGGUGAGUUCGAGAAGAAGUACAUUGCCACUCUUGGUGUCGAGGUUCACCCUCUGGGCUUUAGCACCAACUAUGGCCCGAUCCAGUUCGAUGUGUGGGACACUGCCGGCCAAGAGAAGUUCGGUGGCCUCCGCGAUGGUUAUUACAUCAACGGCCAGUGCGGUAUCAUCAUGUUCGAUGUGACCUCCCGCAUUACCUACAAGAACGUCCCCAACUGGCACCGUGACCUUGUCCGUGUCUGCGAGGGCAUCCCCAUCGUCCUCUGCGGCAACAAGGUUGAUGUCAAGGAGCGCAAGGUCAAGGCCAAGACCAUCACCUUCCACCGCAAGAAGAACCUGCAGUACUAUGACAUCUCGGCCAAGUCCAACUACAACUUUGAGAAGCCCUUCCUCUGGCUUGCGCGCAAGCUUGGCGGCAACCAGGGUCUAGAGUUCGUUGCCGCCCCUGCACUGGCCCCCGCCGAGGUGGCUGUCGACCAGAACCUCAUGGAAGAGUACGAUGCGGAACUCAUUAAGGCUGCCGCCGAGCCGCUGCCCGACGACGAUGACAACGACCUUUGA